UGCACACGCACGAAACGGGCUUGGUUGGGUACUUGGUACCAUUGACGUGCUACGUACAUACAGAAGCAUGGUGAGCGGGUUCCGUAUGCUAGGCGUGGCCGUCGCCUUGCACCCUGCAUCCUCGACCAGUUCCAAUCCUGCUACUGCUUGCAAAACCAUGGCAGAAUCGACUUGUGCAUUGCUGAAUGCCGAUCUCACGCCUUUUGCCACGCAAUCUACGCUCACCUUGUCAGCUACGUCGACCACGACGGCGAAAUCGGCUCUCAGUGUCGACACAUUGGUCGAUGGGGCUGAAGCAUACUCCAAGGCGGCAACGCAAACCCUCGUCAAUCAAGUCGACGCCAUCCGCGGCUACGAUCAAAAUUGGUUCCGAACGUCCUUGCAUUUGAUGGCCAUGUGGGGGUGUGCGUCGACGCUCACGGACGCAGACAAGGAGCGUUGUGUUGGUCCAAACGACCCGUACGCAGCGAUGGAUACCACGGGCAAGGCGUGUGUGCAAGUGAUGGGGCCUGGCAACUGCUCCGCCCUUGGCCUUUGCGAGCGCAAAUCGACUUGCUACUGGCCUCCUCCAGUGGACAACCGCGAGCCGUACUUUAGUCAAGCUGAGCUGGAUGCUGCCACGCAAUGGGUACAUGCUGGGUACAUGGAGUCGUUUGUCCCGUUUGUGAUCCCAGGGCUGUUCUUGUCGAUGGUCGUGCUGGUGGCCACGACAGCGUUCGUCACGUGUCGAUGUUGCCUUGGCCGGUGCUACGGCUCCAGCCCCUUCAAGCACGGCUACUCCAAGUGCGGCAAAGUCGUGCCGGCGCUAAUUUUCGUGUUUUUUUCGCUCGUGAUUGCCGGGCUCACGGCCGUAGCGUGGACGCAGAACCAAAUGAUGUCGGACGGGGUCCAAGGAGCGUUUCAAGCGAUGGACCUGACGUUUGCCAACUUGAACAUCCUGUCCACGAAUGCGUUCACGCCCGUGCGCGCCGUGCAGCAAGAGUUGAAUUCGACCACGGAUCGGAUUAAUCAAGUUGUCUCCAACACGGCGUGGAUUCACCAAGACUUUACCACGUUGCAACAAGUCACAACGACACUCACGACCGCAAUGCAAACGUCCGUGGGGCCAUUUCCGGUCGGCUGCGUGCUCGGUGCCAGCCUCGUGUGCAUUGCGUGUCCUCCGUCCAUAUGCUCGGCGUUUCCAGCUGCGUUAAAUGAAUGGUUGGUAGCGCUCGACACUGUCCACCAGUCGGUGGAUCGAACCGCCACGACCAUGCAAGACAGUAUCGCCAGCGCCCAUGGCACGAUUGGAGGCGCCAUGGACGCUGCGUCGUCGCUCUUGACGAUGGUGCGAACGCGAGCCACCGACAGCCAAGUGAGUCUCCAGGUAGCAUGGGAAUCGUUCAAACUCAUUGCGGCGUACCGCGUGGAAGUGGUACUCGCGGUGUUUGUGCUCGGUUUGAUCGUGGCACUGUUUGGUGUGAUGGCCAUUUGUGCUGGCUUCCGCUCCAACUCGGCCCGCCUCAUCAAAGCCAUGCAUGUUAGCUGGGCUUUGGGCGCGUUUGCAAGCUUUGUGGGGUUCCUCAUCUCGGCUGCCAUGUUGGUCAUGGCUAUUCUCGGCAACGACGCAUGUCAUUACGUGAAUGAAGUGCAGCACGACGUUGAGUCCCUGUGGCCGGGCCAGCUCGCCAAGUUACUCGACAGUUGCUACGCAGGGGAAAGCCCGUUGGAUGCAUUGGACUUGUCUUCGUCGUUGGCAUUUUCGUGCUCGUUGCCGACAGACUUGGCGGUGGCCACGACAGGUCCGUCGAUGCUGUCGAGCAUCGAACCGCUUGUUAAUCAAAUGAACGGCUUUGACCUGUCGACGUUUGGAGUGUCCAACUCGACGGCAGACCAGUUCAUUGCGAUAGCGGCGGCAACCACUCCUGGUAUCACUAGGGCCAACCUUCUCACGCCGUGGGUCGUCUAUAGCUUGCCGGACGCAGGUCCACUGUGCUCAACGUCCCCUUCUACGGCGGCCAUUUGCUUUAUGACCAACUAUUGCAAUCCAACGACCACGUGCUUAACCGACUAUAGCCGUGCGCACGACUACGUCGUCGCGACCGAUGAAAUCGCGCUGCAACUGCAGCAGCUCCAGGGCGAUUUCACGGGGUUGGCGGUCGUGCAUUCGUCCACGUGGCCAUUGAACCUGUCGUCCAUUCGUCAAAUGGCCAACACCUACACUUCAGCCCUGGUCGGCAUCAGCUCUGGCUCGCUGCGCGCGCUUCAAAACGGCGCCGUGGGCAACCUACUUCUCCAUAUAGACCAAAUGAAGUGCGCCAUGCAGUGCUCGUGGCUGGCUCAAACCACGUCGCUGCUGUACACGAGUGUGUGCGCCAACCUCGUCGGGUCCACCCUCACCGUGUCCCUCUGCCUCUUUGUCAUGAGUGUUUGCCUCCUUCCCAUGAUUGUCAUGGCCGUGGUGCUGGAGAAGCGUCUUCGCGGUAAAACCAAGGGAGCCAAGGCACCGAUGGCGAGUGCUGCAGGUAGUGACAGUGAGGCCAUCGACGCCGCCAAGAAAUCCAAUGGGCCAUCGCUGCCGCCCGCCACAUGUCUGUCCAAACAAGUCUAGCUGACGCUACAUACGACGAUAGAUUUUUACAUUAUAUUUUGCUUUGCAUAGUGUUCGCGUAGAUAAUGAAUCGCUCGUGUUUUCUGACGUGA